CUCUGUCUCAAACAAACAAACACACAAACAAAAAACAAAAGAAACAGUUUAGCCUUAAGCUGAGGCUUCUGCUGGACACAACCAAGAUUGAGAAAGACGUGUAAAUGACAUUUUUUGCAGUGUAACUCAGUUUAUCUAAAGUCCUGUUGGGGUCCCACUACAGUCUUCUUGCAGCUCACCAGGAUUAGUAGCCCCCAUAUGAGGAGACACUUUACUGGGAUGGUAUGUGGCCUCCUCCCUGCCUGGGGGCCUGAGAGAAGACUGGCAGGCUUCCUACCACUCAAGCAUCCAGAGUGUUUUGCAGAGGGGCGGGAGGCAGAGAAGCCUUCCUGGAGGAGGCAGGAUCCAGUGGAGCCCUGAUGGGUGGAGAGGAGCUGGAGGGCUUCCCAGGUACAUGUGUGGGACCACAGCUGGGACCGAGCAGGGAGGUGGGUAUUAAUAUGGCAAGCACACUCAGACUGGGUGGCGGUGGAAGUUGGAUGGGGUUAGACUGUGAAGGAAGCCACCACUGGUUGGUUGGUUGGUUGGUUGGUUUGUUUUGUUUUUGAGACGGAGUCUCGCUCUGUUGCCCAAGCUGGAAUGCAGUGGUGUGAUCUCGGCUCACUGCAACCUCCACCUUCUGGGUUUAAGCGAUUCUUGUGCCUCAGUCUCCCGAGUACCUAGGAUUACAAGUGUGUGCCACCACGCCUGGCUAAUUUUUGUAUUUUUAGUAGAGACGGGGUUUCGCCAUGUUGCCCAGGCUGGUCUCAAACUCCUAGCCUUAAGUGAUCCACCUGCCUCUGCCUCCCAAAGUGCUUACCCAAAGGGAUUACAGGCCUGAGUCACCGCACCUAGCCUCACCACUGGCUUUUGAGCAGGAGAGUAUCUUGGUAGUGAGUUUCAGGAUCAGGAGUGCAGGGCUAAGUAACAGGCACUAACUUAAUCCCCAACUGAAGCACAGCACAGUGAGGCUGGUACAGACCCAGGCUGGAAAAUAGAGGGGCUGUGGGGUAGGCAGGGCCUCCUCCUGAGCCCUGAGAACAGCCAGCUGGGCUCACAUUCAGCAUGAGGAAGGAGGAGGUUGGCAUGGCAAUCCUAGCGGUAGCUGGGUGACCUCAGAAAGGAAGGGCCUGGAGGUCAAGGUCUGGAUCAUGAUCAAAGAAAACAGAAGUGCCAAGAAGGUCCAAGGCUUGUCCAAGUCACCCAGAGGGAGUGUAGCCCAGGAGUCAGGACACAGGUGCACUGGUGUCCCUGCAAAGCCUUCACCGUGCAGCUGUGGUGGGGACCUGCCUGCCCUCCAAGGAGCAGCUCCCUCCUGCUUCCGCAGAGGCACUUGUACUACCUGUGAGGUGUGCUUGGGCUGAUGCGGGAAGGGUCCCAGUGAGGCAGAGAGGAGGGAGACCGUGUUAGGACCUGUCUGGUUUCUUUUGCUGCCUCUCCAUCUUUCCGCCAGGGCUGGAAGAGCACAUUCCUGAGUCACAGUUUUCCCAGGAGUCUGGAUGGGGCCCAGGCAAGAGAGAGCACCAUCUCCCCAUUACCAACACACACACUGUCUCUCUCUACCCCCACACACCUCUUGGCUUUCCCUUAGAGCUCUUCAGAGGGUAUGGCUGAUGCAGUUCGGGCCUAUCCAGACCCCUGGCUCAGGGAGAAGCUGGCCAGCUUUCCAGCCCCACGUUUUCUGGGCUCUGUGGCCAGGGAGGCCCCUCUCCACCAGGCUCUGCCACUUGGUAACUUUGGGCCAGGCCCUGGUCCUUUCUGGGCUUCAGAUCCUUCAUCUGUGAAAUAUGAUGGCUUCAUAGAGUGCUUCCAGUGACUUUGCCAACCUUACCUUUUGUAAGCCCCACACUACCCUGCAAGGUGCUACUGUCAUUAUCUCCAUUUUACAGAGGGGAAACAGGUUCAGAGAGCGUGAGUGGCUUGCCCCAAGUCACCCACCCAGCAAGUGGUGGGCUUGGUACUUGAACCCAGGCAGUCUGACCCAGCUCCUGCCUGAGGUCCUUGCCAUCACCGAUAUGCCAUCGAUUGUCAAAUCAGGCAGGGAUCAUUUUCCCUUUUCUAUAGGUGGGAAAACUUGAGCCCCAGAGGGGCGACAUCUCUUGCCUAAGGAUGCGGAGCUCAGGUGGGUCUUGAGCACUGCGUAGGGCCAUUUUGCCAUGUCCUCGAGCACCUCCACAGAGAAGCCACCACCCCAGGAAGUGCUGCAGGCUCUACGGGGUGAUACCAUCAAAGGGUGACCAGGGCAUGACCACCGGCUUGGAGGAAGCAAAGAGGAUGCUGUUAGUGAAAGGAGAAGUGAAAAGCAACAAGACAGCAGCCGAGACAGCAGCCGAGACAGCAGCUGAGACAGUAGCUGAGACGGCAGCGGCAGCUUCACAGGGCCAGAGCCAGUUCUUGGAGGAGACUCAGCACAGGGCAUGGAUCACUGUGGUACUCUUUUCCUGUGCCUGUGCCUUCUGACUUUGCAGAAUGCAACAGCAGAGACAUGGAAAGAACUCCUCAGCUACAUGGAGAAUAUGCAAGUGUCCAGAGCCCGGAGCCCGUUUUUUUACCUUCGUCAACUUCACCAGCUGGAGCAGAUGCUACUGAACACCAGCUUCCCGGGCUACAACCUGACCUUGCAGACACCCGCCAUCCAGUCUCUGGCCUUCAAGCUGAGCUGCAACUUCUCUGGCCUCUCACUGAGCAGUGCCACUCUGAAGCGGGUGCCCCAGGCCCGGGGUCAGCAUGCCCGGGGUCAGUAUGCCUGGGGUCAGCAUGCCAUGCAGUUCCCCGCCGAGCUGACCCAGGAUGCCUGCAAGACCCGGCCCGGGGAGCUGCGGCUCAUCUGUAUCUACUUCUCCAAUGCCCACUUUUUCAAGGAUGAAAACAACUCAUCUCUGCUCAAUAACUACGUCCUGGGGGCCCAGCUGAGUCAUGGACACGUGAACAACCUCAGGGAUCCGGUGAACAUCAGCUUCUGGCACAACCAAAGCCUGGAAGGCUAUACCCUGAGCUGUGUCUUCUGGAAGGAGGGAGCCAGGAAACAGCCCUGGGGCGGCUGGAGCCCUGAGGGCUGUCGUACAGAGCAGCCCUCCCACUCUCAGGUGCUCUGCCGCUGCAACCACCUCACCUACUUUGCUGUUCUCAUGCAAUUCUCCCCGGCCCUGGUCCCUGCAGAGUUGCUGGCACCUCUUACAUACAUCUCCCUCGUGGGCUGCAGCAUCUCCAUCGUGGCCUCACUGAUCACAGUCCUGUUGCACUUCCAUUCCAGGAAGAAGAUUGACUCUUUAGCACGCAUCCAUAUGAACCUGCACGCCUCCGUGCUGCUCCUGAACAUCACCUUCCUGCUGAGCCCCGCAUUUGCCAUGUCUCCUGUGCCCCAGUCAGCGUGCACGGCUCUGGCUGCUGCCCUGCACUACGCGCUGCUCAGCUGCCUCACCUGGAUGGCCAUCGAGGGCUUCAACCUCUACCUCCUCCUCGGGCGCGUCUACAACAUCUACAUCCGCAGAUAUGUGCUCAAGCUUGGUGUGCUAGGCUGGGGGGUCCCAGCCCUCCUGGUGCUGCUUUGCCUCUCUGUCAAGAGCUCAGUGUACGGACCCCACACAAUCCCCGUCUUCAACAGCUGGGAGAAUGGCACGGGCUUCCAGAACAUGUCCAUGUGCUGGGUUCGGAGCCCUGUGGUACACAGUGUCCUGGUCAUGGGCUACGGUGGCCUCACGUCCCUUUUCAACCUGGUGGUGCUGGCCUGGGCGCUGUGGACCCUGCGCAGGCUGCGGGUGCGGGCGGACGCACCGAAUGCCAGGGCCUGCCAUGACACUGUCACCGUGCUGGGCCUCACCGUGCUGCUGGGAACCACCUGGGCCUUGGCCUUCUUUUCUUUUGGCAUCUUCCUGCUGCCCCAGCUGUUCCUCUUCACCAUCUUAAACUCGCUCUACGGUUUCUUCCUUUUCCUGUGGUUCUGCUCCCAGCGAUGCCGCUCAGAAGCAGAGGCCAAGGCACAGGUAGAGGCCUUCAGCUCCUCCCAGACAACGCCGUAGUCUGGGCCUCCUGGCCUGGAACCCUCAGCCUCUCUGGCUGCCAGCAGCCUGAGGCCAUGGAUUCCGCUAGAGGGUGGCAGGCUUGCUACUGGACCCCGGAGGCCACUGUGACCCUCAAGGGGCCUUUUCCACUUCCACAGCCUCUCCAGGCACUGAGGGGAAGGUGUUGCUCUACCUCUCCCUGACAUUUUGCUCCAGGGCAGAUCCAACCUCACCUGGGGCAGCAAACUUUGUCCUGGCACCUGGGCCCAGCUGUCCAGGGAUGUGGGCAGAGCACCAGCCUGGGCAUCAGGAGGCCGAGUUUCAAGACCUGGUUCUGAGUCUGUAUGACCCUGGGCCUGCCACUUCUCACCGACCCUGGGUAUCCACAGCUGUGACAUGGGGGCAAGUGGCUUUGUCCAGCUUAACCCAGGAGCUUAGUAAAGAUUGCAUAAGACCAGGGGGAAGAGUGUCACUGUGGGGUGGGAAUUCCCACAGCCUCCACCUGCUUGCUAGGGGCAGGAUCUCAUCCAAGCUGCCAUGGAAGCACCUGCUCGGCCCUGUCAUCUUCCUCCUGGGGAGGGCCAGACGGCAUCUUGGCUUGGGGCAGGUGGGACCUACCCAGGGUCUGAGACUUUACUGGCCUAUGCCUGAGGCCUCUUUUCCUUUAACUCCCUAAAUAAUGAUGACUCCAAGUCCAAGCCCACCCUUCCCAAAGACUGGGAGGUUCAGCCCUUCCCAGAGGCUCCUCCUGUGUACUCCCAAGACUUCUACAGACCAUUUGGACCAGUAGCCCAUCCCACAGAGUUUUCUUGCGGGGCAGAGGAAGACACUUCUUUCUCCUCCUGCUGAAUCAGCUGGACCCCAGUGACCUGGCUAUUUGGUGAUUGGGCAGGAUUGAAUUUGCCCUGGUAGGCGUGAGAGUGUGGGUUUUAAAUCCAAAGCUCAGGCCAUAGUUGCAGAGAAUCACCCUUACCCCAGACCUGUCAGACCCUGUGGGAGACAGCGCUCAUGAAGCCAGUGCGUUUCCCCGGACGAACACGAGGGGGCGCCGCUGGCCAACACUCAGAGGCCCUUGGUGCCAAGACUGCAUCUGGAAUAGCUCAAACACCUGUUUGCAGACCCCAUGCACUAGCUGGAGGGGCCGUAAUUGCAGGACUGUGCCUGCUGAGUGACCCACUUCCUCCAGGAGGAAAGGCAACACACAUUUACACGGCCAUUUGUCUCUUUUCCCAAUGCGCCGUUGCGCUGUCACUUUUGGGGGCUGCACCCCAGAUAUAGCUGGCACCAGAGCAGGGCUGGGGUAGGUGCUCAGGGCCCUGCCCCAGGCCAUCGGGCAGUUUUGAUGACCUCGAAGGUCACAGGCAGAAAAUGGGAGCAGGAUUUUCUCUGGAAAAGUUCUCCUGGGACAUCUUCUGCUCUUCUGUACAUUUCUAGACGCAAGUAACUCCUUCACCAAGCAGUGAGUGGCACAGGCUCUGGAGCCAGGCUGCUUGGGCUCCAGUGCCAGCUCUGCCACUUGCUAGCUGUGAGACUGUGGACAAGCCACUCAGCCUCUCUGUGCCUCAGUUUUCCUAUUUGUAAAAUAGAGGCCAGUGGUACCUAUUUUGAGGACUAAGUAAAAUAAUUCAAAUAAAGAGACUUGGCACAGAGUAAGUGCUCAGUAAACGGUUACUGGUA